AUCCUCAAUUCAAUUACACCGGAUCCAAUUAGUAAAGAUGCCAUAAUUGCAUUCGACUCAAUUGGUUUCUCUUCUCUUCUGGGCUUUUUGGCCCACGAACUGAUCUGCGACUCCCUCACAUUCACAAAUGUCCACCACCUGGAACCCGAAACUGCUUCCAAAACUGUUCUUACGCGCAUAAUCUGAUCUGGGUCUUCUUCAAAAUCGCAAAUUUCCAAAUACCAACGACCUAAAUUGCUUCCAGAAGUGGUUUUUAGUCGAUAAUUUGAUCUGGGUCUGACUCAAAAAAUUUACGCCUAGAGGUCCAAUUGCGCUAAUAUUAAGCAUGGUUUCUCUGUCCAAUUCAUUGCUGUUUCCUCUGACUACAUCCAGUGGCUUUUCUCGGUCGGUUAGAUUUGCAAGGACAACCAAUUGGUGUAGUACUAGUGACAAACAAAAGGGAGAGCCCAGAAACGUUUUAUGUGCUUGUAUGGCGCCUCCCCCGAACUUGAGGAGCGAUGAAUCUUUUGCAGCAAAAUUUGAGGAUUCAUUUAAAUCAGAGAAUUUAAGCACAGUUCGGGAGCCUGAGGAUGAUUCUGAUGUUCUAAUCGAGUGUAGAGAUGUCUACAAAUCAUUUGCCGAGAAGCAUAUAUUGAGAGGUGUGAGCUUCAAGAUUAGACAUGGCGAAGCUGUUGGAAUAAUUGGGCCUUCUGGCACGGGGAAAUCUACAGUUCUAAAGAUUAUUGCGGGGCUUCUUGCUCCUGACAAGGGAGAGGUAUACAUUCGAGGUCGAAAGAGAGAUGGUUUGAUAAGCGAUGAGGAGAUAUCUGCUCUUCGGAUUGGAUUGGUGUUUCAGAGUGCUGCACUUUUUGAUUCUUUGAAUGUUCGUGAAAAUGUUGGUUUCCUUCUGUAUGAAAAUUCGAGCAUGCCCGAUGAUCAAAUUUCAAAGCUUGUGACUGAUAGCUUGGCUGCUGUAGGGUUAAAGGGUGUUGAGGAUCGAUUACCUUCGGAGCUGUCUGGUGGAAUGAAGAAACGAGUUGCUCUGGCUCGGUCUAUAAUUUGUGAUACUACAAAGGAAGCCAUAGAGCCAGAGGUGCUCUUAUAUGAUGAGCCAACUGCUGGACUUGAUCCUAUUGCAUCUACUGUGGUAGAAGACCUCAUCCGCUCUGUCCAUACAAAAGAUCAGGCAGCGAUUGAGAAGCCUGGGCAGAUUGCAUCUUAUGUUGUUGUUACUCACCAACAUAGUACCAUUAGACGAGCUGUUGACAGGUUAUUGUUUCUCUACGAGGGCAAGAUAGUGUGGCAAGGAAUGACUCAUGAAUUCACAACCUCCACAAAUCCAAUCGUUCAACAGUUUGCUUCUGGGAACUUGGACGGCCCAAUUAGAUAUUAGAGCUUGUGCUUGGUGUGCAUACUAGACAACACAUGGCCCCUGAGGACUGCUGCGUACCAGUGGAGAAUGCUGGGAAAAUGGGUCAAAUGGUGCCUGCACAUUCAGGCUCUGCCUCCUUUCUUAUAUAAUUAUAUUUCAUUUCAGGGGGUUGGAGCUCAAAUAAAACAAAUUUCUCAGUCGCUAACAGAAACCAUGGCCGUGCAUCUGAUUCAAGAGAGCCAGCAUCUAAAUUAGGCAUAUGGCGAUUGGCAGGAUAAUUUGCGCUUUUUUCUUAAUUAUAAAUUACUGUUACCUUUCUCUAGGUUAGUGUCAAAUUUAUGAGAUCGGGACCUGCUUUCAUCCCCAUUUGUCAAGGAGAGUGCAUUCGAAACUUAAUAACAUAUAAUUGAUCUUAUUUCUAA